AUGGCCUUGUCUCAAAAUACCAUGGAAGGCCUCAAAUAUGAGUGUUACAAGUAUGGAAACCAUGACCGCCAACGUGUGGGUGUCUGGCAUCGCCCAACGACUCAGACAGAGGGGUGUUGGAUCAUAUACAUACACGGAGGCGCUUGGCGUGACCCGCGAAAUGGGCUAGAGGACUUUCUGCCAUCCAUUGUGCAGCUGAUCACAUCUACCGAGAUAGAUCAUUCCAAAAUACGCGGCUUUGCAAGUAUCGACUAUAAUCUAUCUCCGCACCCGGAACUGUAUCAAGAUCCAGCUGAGGUUCCUACACAUAAGUACAGAGGUGCCAAACACCCAGAUCACAUUUUGGACAUUCGUACCGCCUUGAAGUUCCUCCAACCGAAGAUACAACUGAUCGAUGGGUACGUGCUAAUAGGGCAUUCUGCUGGCGCAACCUUGGCUUAUCAGGCGGUGAUGGAUCAAGCGGCCCUCAGCAAUGAGAGAGAGACAUUUGAGAUCCCAUUACCAGGAGCCGUACUCGGUAUUUCUGGUAUAUAUGACCUUGUUGGACUGAACAGUCGACUCAGCAAUGGUGCAGCUGGUCUUGAUUUUAUCAGAGGUGCAUUUGGGAGUGAUGAGGACGAGUGGAUACGAGCUUCUCCUGCCAGAAGUAAUGAAAAUCUCGGCAACAGCUGGUCGGGCUACUCCCUUUUGGCAUACUCCCCAGAUGAUGGCCUCGUUGAUAGUCCUGAGCUGGAGGCAAUGGCAAAGAAGCUUGAGGCAGACGGCCUGCCGUUUGACGUUGUUACAGAUUUGACUGGGGAGCACGAUUUCGUAUGGCAACAGGGGAGCCAGAUGGUUCGUCUUGUUUCAAAAGUUCUCGACCAUAUAUGA